AUGGCAGCUGUUCCCUGCUCUGAUGCGAACCUUGCUUAUGUGUUGGCAUGGUGCAUUGCAAGGUCAGUGGUCUCUCGCUACGUGGAGAAUCCGCUGCUCAUCCAAGGGUUGAAGUUUGAUCUGCGAGUGCCGGAAUUGGAAAGUGUACGCUUUGUAGCAAAAGCCGAGAUUCUGAUUCUUCAAGAUCUCAUAGCGGUGAUGGUGAGGUGGGGUCCAGUGGAAUAUCACCAUGUGGAGGCCUUCGAGGGUGCAUGGCAUCCGGACCCUGAAGAUGUGGUGAUCAACAUUGUUCCGGAGGAUUCUUGGUUGCCAUGGUUAGUCGUUCCUCAACCUGCAGCAACCAUCGCUGAGGAUGAGAGCGUGGAUGUUGAGGUUGGUGAUGAGGAUGACAAUGAAGAUGAGGGUCAGGGUCGCGUCCAGAGUGGCGGCGACGGCGAUGAUGAUGAUGCCGUUGAUCAUGUUGAAGAUGAGGCUGCGCAUGAUGACAUGGCCGCACGUGGCACAGGGAUGGAGAAUGGCAUCAAAGCAAUGGUUCGAAAGGACAGCCAGGCAAAAGAUGCCGACAUGUGGAAGAAGAUCUGGCAGAAAUCGGCUGUCACCAGCUACGAGCCCUUGCGAGCUUACAUCUACAGAGAAGGCCUGGUGCGCUUUGCUUCCAAGCCGUAUAGCAAAGACCCGAAGCAUUUAACAGAUGCCUACCGUCAUUUGACCAACUAUUCGAUCAACAAGGGAUCUUCCAGCUUUGUGGAGAACUCCGAGGUUCAGGCCGACAAUGUCGGCCACAAGUGGAGCAUAUCGGCGCUGAACAAGCACCUAAGGUGUAUUGGGGUAGAUGCUGAGCUUAUGUGGACCCGCAUCAUGGAUGCCAUUGUGAAGUCUCUUCUGUCUGUGGAGCCAGUGAUCGGGGCCCGAACAAAAGCCACCGCAAAUUACAGCCACAACUGCUUUGAGCUGUAUGGCUUCGACGUGUUAGUCGAUCAGGACUUGAAGCCGUGGCUCUUGGAGGUCAACCUCAGUCCCAGCAUGCAGGCGGAUUCUCCACUGGACUGGCAGAUCAAGAGCUCCCUUCUGUCAGACUCCUUCAAUCUCGUGGGCAUCAACAAGGUGACCAAGCAGCGACUAGCAGAAGCGACAAGAGCAAAGUCCAAGGUUGUCAAAGUGCCUGGUAAGCCACCAGGACCCCCCGAACGCAGGAGGCGCCAUCGCGUGUCUGGGCGAUCUGUCCUUCGGCAUCAAGAAUGUGAAAUAGAAGACGAGCAGGACUGUGAGGACUUGCCGUCUGUGCCUUUGGGCACGUUGGAUGUCGAGGAGCUGCGGAGCACUGCGAAUGCCUUGCUUGAGUGCACCCGCAAUCGGAACUUCAUCCGGCUGUAUCCUACACGUAAAGCGGUGCGACAUUAUGCCGUCAUUGUCGACAGCCAAGAGGCCAUGAAGCCUUGGCCACGUGGUCGAAAGCCGGUCGUCGAGAAACUCACCGCUUCCCAAGUCUUGGCUUCUUUGCUAUUCGGGCCUCCGCCAAGCCACGCAAAGACUCUAACGUGUCGGCCGCGGUCCAGAGCGAUUCUAUGCUGCAGUCGCUCCGUACGGCGUCGCGAGCACAGAUACGAUGCCAUGGGAGAGGACGGGGGAGAAGAAGCUUCAAACAUUGAGGCUCCACCGGCCUUGAGAAGCCAAUCGAUGCCCCGGGCACGGGCGAGGAAGGUCUCGCGACGCCAUGUGGUCGUAAUGAAGCGCAGCCCUGCCGAGGCUGAGAUGCAGCAAGGUAGCUUUCAAGUUCGUCGCACGAAUCGAGACUGA